CUGAAAGCUUGGGCAGACAACAGAUAAGGACGUUGCCAGCCAAGAAGUAUGGGGAAGUUUCCAAGAAUGCUUCUCCUGACUGUCCUGGUUCUCCCAGCAUGUGCUUCAACUUGCACGACUCGCUGGUUCGACCGGGACGACCCUUCAGGAGUGGGUGACUUUGAAACUUUCGCUGACCUGAGGAGGGAAUAUCCCACAGAAAUUUGCCCUGAACCCAUUGAAAUUGAGGCUCAGACCGUGGAGGGAACCCCAGCGUCCAGAACUGGACAGAUCUUUCAUCCGUUUAACCCUAAAGAAGGAUUUGCUUGUGUAAAUAAGGAGCAGAAGCAUUACUGCUUGGAUUACAAAGUCCGCUUCACCUGUCCCUCAAACUUCUGCUCAGCUUCAACUUGCACGACUCGUUGGUUUGACCGGGACGACCCUUCGGGAGUGGGUGACUUUGAAAUUCUCUCUGAACUGAGGAAGGAAUAUCCCACGGACAUUUGCCCUGAACCCACUGGGAUUGAAGCUCAGACCGUGGAGGGAACCCCAGCGUCCAGCACUGGACAGAUCUUUCAUCCGUUUAACCCUAAAGAAGGAUUUGCUUGUGUAAGUAAGGAGCAGAAGCAUUACUGCUUGGAUUACAAAGUCCGCUUCACCUGUCCCUCAAACUUCUGCUCAGGUGAGUCAACCAGGACAUCUUGUGGUGGGAUGGGGGAAUGAUCUCC